AUGAGUUUCCACAUCCGAUGUACCAUUUCUCAUCUAAAUCAGUAUCUUUCUCACACUCCUCAACUCUUUUCCAGGGAACCGCGCGAACGCACAUUUUUUGUAGUAAGGCACUACUCCAAACCCUCCAACAAGAUGGAUAUCGAUCUUCUGAACCCGCUCCCGGCUGAGGAGAAGAAGCUCCACAAGCUGAAGAAAUUGGUGCAGACCCCGAACUCCUUCUUCAUGGACGUGAAAUGCCCAGGUAUAAUAUACGGACAGAAUUAAUUGCUGACAUUUUCCUUUCCAUGCACCUCUUCUGGUUGUGAUUUCAGUUUAUUAUUUUCCACCGUCCUCCUGCAUGCUUUUGCUUUCGAUAUUAGGAUUUGGAUGCUCAUGCACGUUUCUAAAUUUCGUUUGCAUCCUCAGCCUCUCUUUCUGAAAUGUGGGUUUGUGUGUGGCUGUGCAAAUGCUUUGCUCUUUGUGGCAAUAAAGGUAGUAGUAAGGAGGAGGCUCGCGAGAGAGGAGAAGUUUUUUAAUUGCACAAAUCUAACCGUUUGACAAAAACUUAAACAACAGGUUGCCUCCAGAUCACCACCGUCUACAGCCACGCUCAGACCGUUGUGUUGUGCAACAACUGCAACGUGGUCUUGUGCAAGCCGACCGGGGGUUUGGCUCGCCUGUCCGAGGGCUGCUCCUUCCGCAAGAAAAACGACUAAGCUGGUCGUGGAGAGUCAGUUGAAUCUGCCAUGUCAAAAUCCUAGCACCGGGUCGUGGCAGGUGUGGUUUGACUACAACAAACCUCCUGCAAGAUUGACAUCAUAAAACUCACGGAGAUGUGCGGUUUAGUGGAUCGUCUCUUUUAGAAGUAGUGCCUUCGCGUUCAAAACC